CUUGACACCAAUACUAUUAGUAUCAACGAUGUCAUAUCCCCAGCAGUGGCUCAAAACCACCUUCUCCUCGCGGUCACGCGCCGUCGAACUCUUACAGCCAGAGUUAGAGAAGGGCGUCAUCACAAAGCAUGAUUUUGAACUAGCAACCAGAUUCCUGCCUGGGGGGCACAGACACUGGCCUGCGAUAUAUGGGGUCGGGGCUGCAGGCGCUACCCUCGGUUAUGGGUACUCCAUGGCGCGUCCCAGGUGGUCCCACGCAAAGCUUGCAUGGGGCUCGGGCGCUGCAACCGCCAUAGGAUUGGUUUUUGGCGGGGUCAGACAAGUCUUGGCCCACAGACAGUUUACAGAAGCUCUGGAAAACCCCGCAGGCUUUAUAGAAGCGUUACGCAAUGUUGACCGCAGACUUGGCGGCGAUGGGCAGUUGGGCUUCACGCUGUCACGAAUACGAGAGGAUGCUGCACGUUUGGACAACACUACUACUUCCGGGACUAGUCAAGAGCAUGGCCCGGAGAUGGUCAGUGAGGAGAAUUGGGGGGCAUCUUUACCUCAUUCUGAUGCCCCUUCACCCCAAGCAACUCAACCAAAAAAUCGUUGGGAAGAGAUACGUGCAGCGAACGCACGUUCUGCUGGUUAUGUAUCUUCAUGGGACACUAUCCGACAACGUCAUGAACGGAAUAGAUUCCCAUACCCAACAUCAUCGCCGAGUAACGACCCACCGUCGUCUGGAAUGGAUGAUCGAACAGGAGAGCAAGCCAAGUUUGACGCUAUGCUGGAGGCCGAAAGAAGGAAAGGACAAUCACAGGACUUCCGCGAAUUUGUAUGAUGCUAAUGUACCGACGAGACAUUUCUUUCGAUACGUAAUGAGAACCAGCUACCAAUAAUUCAAUGCAUUAUAAGUGGAUAUACGCACAGUCC